AUGCAGGCGCAGACCUAUAUUCCUCAGCCUCGACACCGUAACCAGAACUCGGGGGCUGCCAUUCCACAAGCGUCGCUAGUGACGCAGUGCCGCCAAAGUCCUCGAGGGUUCAAGGUGUCGAGGUCACCAAAAAUAUUGCUAGGCAGAUCCCAUAAUGCUGCUAUGCCUCGUGAUCAUGUUGAUGACGUCUGCAUAGGGCACGCCCCUAUGAGACGCAUCAAGCGAGAGAAAUGGGUGGACGUGGAGCCGGAGGAAUGCUAG